GGUUGGUGUUUUUUUGUUAGAAAGCGAAAUAUUGGUAUGGAGAAAGUCAGAGAAAGAUUGACUUUGAUAUAGAAGAAGAUGACGUUGACUUUCCUUUUACAAUUCUUCCCGGUUCUGCGAGUUUGUCUGUUCAUCUAAAUUCUCGGAAUCUGGGGUUUUCUUUUGCCCGGAAACUCGAGGACUGAGUUGAAUAAAUGAUCUUGUUCCGAAUCUUCUUCGCGUAUUCUUCGAGCAUCUUCCUCCAAUAUAUCUACCUUUUUGGGUUUUUGUCGGAAAUUGUUCCUGUAUUUUCGAAAUCUCGGUCUCAAUGGGGACUCCGGAAUUUCCAGAUCUGGGGAAACACUGCUCCGUUGAUUAUUGCAAGCAGAUCGAUUUCCUACCAUUCACCUGCGAUCGCUGCCUUCAGGUGUUUUGUUUGGAUCAUCGUAGCUACAUGAAACACAGUUGUCCGAAAGGAGACAGAGGUGAUGUCACUGUGGUGAUCUGUCCGUUAUGUGCUAAAGGAGUUCGGUUAAACCCUGACGAAGAUCCAAACAUCACCUGGGAGAAACAUGUGAAUACCGAUUGUGAUCCAUCAAACUACGAACAAACUGUCAAGAAGAAGAAGUGUCCUGUCCCAAGAUGCAGAGAAUUGCUUACUUUCUCUAAUACAAUUAAAUGUCGAGAUUGCAGCAUCGAUCAUUGCUUGAAACAUCGGUUCGGACCUGACCAUAGUUGUUCUGGACCGAAGAAACCUGAAUCGAGUUUCUCAUUCAUGGGUUUCUUGAGUACAACAAACACAAAAGAAGCUCCUGCAUCAUCAUCAUCAUCAUCUUCAAGAUGGUCUAGUCUUUUGGCUUCUGCGGAAGCAAGUAUCAGCAGACUCGGGAACGACAUUAGCAAGAAGUUACAGUUUGCGAGUGGCAGUGAUGAUCAUCCAGAGAAGAUGCAGCAGAGGAAUGGGAAACAGAAUUGUGGCAAAGUUACGGUUGAUGUUUGUCCAAAAUGCAGCAGAGGGUUUCGUGAUCCGGUGGAUCUGUUGAAGCAUAUCGAUAAGGAUCAUCGUGGCACUUCUAAAGCAUAGAACUUAGAAACCAUGGAAGCCAAGUGAUGCAGUAUUUGUCUGAUUGUAUCAUUGUUAUUUGUUUUGUUUUGACACCCAUUCAAACAAGAAAAGAAAAUACUCACAUUCUUUAACAGUAUAUAUCAUCAUCUUCAAUUCAUAGAUACAGUAAAUUGUAUUUGCACAGGAUAUAAAAAAAAAGAUACAGUAUUUAC